UCACGGGGGCAGCAAUGAGCCAGUGAGCAGUUUGAGAAACAACAGAAGGUGAAAGAAGACGAAGUGAGCGAAAGUCAAACCGACCUGUUGAUGUUUGCAGAACAAAAACAAACGACAGCUGAUUUCUACCUUUUAUUUCCCACCUGUCGUUGAACCACUUCACGAUCCACCUGCAUCAAACAGUCGACCGAGCCGAGAGGCUGUUUUAGCCGUGAAUUAGAAGCACUUUACAUUAGCCUGGUUAGCAAGGCUAGCUAUGAGUGCUAGCCGGGUCAUAGCCUCCACCAACGGCCGGAACAAAGCUCCAGUCAACCGCAGAAAGGAGCACCGAGCCCCCAGAGCUAACAGGGUGCUGGCGGAGAGGAACCCGGCUGUGGUGGCGGUGGGAGCCUGGGUGGAAGACGGAGAAGACUUCCAGGAACACCCGUCUACUCUUGCUUUGAUAACUGAGGAGCUUCAGGCUGAGAAGAGGAGGGAGAACGAAGAGAGCCUUCGACGAUUUCAAGAUGAAGUGCGCCACCGAGUGGCACAGCAAGCCCAAGUCUUCAGGAAGAGACAGCAGCCUCAAACUGAGCUAAUGGUUAAACCUAAUAGGAGAAUCCCACAACAACAAUAUCGAGUGUGGACCCAGCAUGUGUCUGCUGGUGAGAAGGUGAUGUCUGCAGGAGCUGCUAUACGACAGAGGGUAAUGGAGAGGAGCUCUCAGGAGUCUUGUGAAGGCAUGAGGCAGGUCAGACUCAGACUGGCCUCCUGUCAGAUGAGCCCUCAUGGAGGAACAAAGUCAGACCUUCCUGGAGGCAAAUGGAACAUCUCUCCAACCAGACAUAAAGCUGAAUAUUCCAUGCAAAGACCAGAGCAGGAAGAGGACGAGGAGGAGGAGUAUGUUCAGAGAGAGGAAGAGGGAGAGGAUCACUUCUUCACCAGUCAACAUGAUUGUCCCCUUGUUCAGCAGAAGGUCAGUGGACGUGUGUUGUGGGACACAGACAAAUCACAGCCUGAUCCUGGUUCCCAGUCCAGCCUCAGAGAAACACAGGUCCUGUGGCCUCUGACUGAGCAGGAGGAACUGAGAAGACAGCGUCAGUCUCAGUUCCUGUUGCAGCGCCGCCACUUCAUGAGCACUGAGAGGGAGCAAGUGAAGGAGAACAAUCAGUACAGGAAACACCUGAAGAGAACCGCAAGGAUCAAAGCAGAGAAAGAACAGAUUCGUCUGGAGGAAGAGAGAAAGUUGGAGAGAGCUCGGCAGCUCGUGGAGGCCCGACAGAAGCUGGAGGAGAGAGAGCUGCUGAUUGUGGAACGACUGAGGCUUGAGGAGGAAGAGAGAGCUGUGGAGCUGCAGAGGAGAAAAAAGGAAAAACACAAAGUAGCUACAAGGUUCAUUGACGCCCUGAAAGCUCAGAUGAAGGAGAGACUGUCGCAGGAGAAACUGGAGCCCCCUCCUCUCUGCUGCUGUGCCUCCUCUUUCUGGGACUCUCACCCCGACACCUGUGCUAACAACUGUGUCUUCCACAACAAUCCCAAAGCAUAUGCCCAGGCAUUACAUUCAACAAUGCUGAGUUUGGAUUCACGGUAAAGGAAGCUGCUGAACUGCAGUGGAAAAUGCCCUCAAAGAAAACAGGUCCUUGUUGUUUGAGUCUGUCUGUUUGUAAAGACCAUUUUGGAAAAUGCAGUCAAAGUCAAACUCAGAAUCAGACUAGACGAAGUUGAUACAUGCGUAAACUUGAAAAUGUACUUUUCAGGAUUUGCUUUGUUUAAGGAAUUUUAUAAGAAUGUGAUAUGUGUCUUGUUAAUUUAUAAUUCUUUGAUAAACUCAAAUCUGUUAACUGUUUUAUUUAUUCUUUAUAUGACAGUGUUGCAGUGUUUCCUGUAUGCAGGCCGCCACCGCUGUAAAAUGAAUGUAGUGGAAACCCUGGUAUUGUCCUGUUAAGACUUGCUAUAUUAUAAUAAAUUGUAUGUAGUUGUA